CCACUUUUAUUCUAGAGGAUUCUGGCCGGAAGUGUUGUUGUUGUUGCUGCCGGCGGAGCUGAGGCGCUAGCGCUGCUAGCACCACGGCCAGAAACAUCUGUUGACAACUGCUAAGCUAACAUGUUAAACUUGCCAGUAUAGCUGCCAUAAAAACGCUUUCAUUUGAGGGACAGUGACGUUAGCCGUCAGUUUACACACCGGAUGACAAAAUUGCUGUCUUGAACGUUAUGACUAAUUUAUUUUUGGGUAGUAGGUUGUAUUGUUAGCAUUAGCCUCUGAGCAAAGGUCUGGCAGACAUGGAGACUCGGGGGAUAGAGGACAUGUUUGACUUUCGUCGGUUCCCCAAAGAUGCAGUUAUUCUCUUGCUGUUGCUGAUUUACUUUCCAGUUGGCAUUUGUUUGAUGUUAAUACGGAUUUUUAUUGGUAUACACGUAUUCUUGGUCAGCUGUGCACUUCCAGAAAGUUUGGUUAGAAGAUUUAUUGUGAGGGUUAUGUGCUCAGUCCUGGGAAUGCAUGUGAGACAGAAAAACCCUCGCUCCAGAGACAAAAACACCAAGCUGUACAUAUGCAAUCAUGUGACAGAUUUUGAUCACAACAUAAUCAACCUGCUGACCCCCUGCAAUACUCCUCAGCUUCAGGGCUCCACAGGCUUUGUGUGUUGGGCCAGAGGCUUCAUGGAAGUCCAUUCAACAUCUGGCCAGGGAGCGAUAGGAGAGUCUCUUCAGAGAUACUGUGCUACUGUAGGCACCGCGCCCUUGCUCCUGUUUCCUGAAGAGGACACCACAAACGGCCGCACUGGCCUGCUCAAGUUCAGUUCCUGGCCUUUCUCAUUGACCGAUUCUAUUCAGCCUGUGGCCUUAAGGGUGACCAGACCACUGAUUGCUUUGAGCACACCAGAGGCCAGUUGGCUGAUGGAGCUCUUGUGGACAUUUUUUGCUCCAUGUACAGUGUAUCAUGUAAGUUGGCUCCCCCCAGUAUCCAGACAAGAUGGCGAGUCCACACAGGAAUUUGCCAACAAAGUCCAGGAGCUACUAGCCGGUGAACUUGGCUUGGUCUCCACCAAGCUCACUAAAGCUGAUAAAGCAGAGCACAUCAAAAAGAAAAGACACACUGUACCACAAACAUCUACAAGUGUCAGGCCUGGCUCUAUUGGGCUUGGUUUCAUGGUCCAGAGUUUAGGCACAGAUGAUCAUAGGAUUGCUAAGAUGGCCCAACAAGUGAAGGACGUGCUGCCUCAUGUCCCACUGAAUGUCAUCGCAAAGGACUUAGCGAAAACCAAUUGUGUUGACACCACCAUAACAAAUCUGCUGGAGAACAAGGAGGAAACUCCAAUGGAAGCAACCGGGACGUCUACGUUUGGGCCUGCAAAGAUUAGCUCCUACUCUUCUGGUUCUGCUCCCACCAUUAAGCCUGCUGCCACAUCUUUUAGGAAAUCACCAGCUGACAGACAUUUGUCUCUCCAAGAGAGAAAAGAGGCGCUGUAUAAUUUUGCAAGAAGACGCUACAUUGAAAAACACGGAUUGGAUCAAGAAGACAGUCACUGAACACACUUUGGGUCAAGCCAUCAUUGAAAACUUGUCAGAAAGAAGCAUAUACUACUUGCAUAGCUGUCUAAUUGGAAUGGUGAUUUUAUAUUCUGUGAACAGGUUCUGUUAAAAAACUGAUUUUGUUAAUUGCAAGUAAUGGAGACAAGUAUUCAGAACAUGUAUAAGUUGAUGCAAUGGUUAUUAUGCAUGUCUUUAAUUCUUCAUUCUGGCUGAUACAUAAUUUUGAUAACAAUUUGUAAUAUGAUCCACUGACUGUGAAUCAUCUAUUUAUUUUUAUAAUGUCCAGAGUCAUUGAUGAAAAUAAAGUUCAGCUUGACCUUG